AUGCAGCAUGCCAAAGCCUUGGCCAUUCUGGAAGUCAAAGAUGGCGUAAUUGAACGCUUGGAGCAAGAGGUGCAUGCGGCAGAAGCGGAAAUCAGCCAUUAUGAAGAAGGCGCAGAGCUGGCCGAAGCACGCGCCGCCGCGGCAUCAGCGACUGAGGCAACCGCUGCGCUGAUCCACGAUGACACUUGGCGUGCGGCUGAUGCACAUGCCGAGAGCGAUUGCCAAAUGCUAGCAGAGAUGGCACAUCAAGCAGAACGUCGUGCCCAAUAUGCAGCCACUGAAGUUUUCGAACUGGGACAAGAGAGUAAAGAAGCUGAGCACAACGUUGAGCAGCUGUCUGCUGAGAUUUCGCGUUUGAAGUCCCCUGCCCAACCACUAGCACGACCUCUUGCCGCCGAAGUGGUCCGGCUGGAGGUGGCACUUAUUGAGUCUCAGAAAGCUCUUCUCAAAGCGGAAGAGAGAGCGCAAGAAGCUCGACAACACGAAUUGCUUCUUCAGCAAAUCGGUGCCGGCUCCGGCAUCAUGGAGAGCAGCACGCCUAGCGCAAGUACAGAAGCUGACAACCACCUGUGCAGCCGAAGAAUGGCAGUCGUGGAAGAGCACUUGGAGGAGAUACUGCAGCAGCACGAGGCAGAGAUGGUUUCUUUGUCUGCUCGGCUUUGCGCGGAUGUGCGUGCCACAGCAGACCGGCUUGGGCCGUUACAGCUCCGUCCUCCACAAAGUUCUCAGAACCCACCAGUGACUGUCAAGCCUCGACCGACCGCGCGGCCAACACCAGGGUCAGUGACGAAGCUAGCGCAAGAUCCGUUCGAAGAGACUCAGCUGCUUCGCAAGCGUUGCCAUCUCUUGGAACAAGAUCUUUCACAGGCCAUGCAGCUCACACAACAUGUGUCUGCAUUGCGGGAUCGGGCAGAAUCAGACAGCCACAGAGCAACUGACCAGCUCCAAGGUGCCCGUCAACAAUUUGCGGCAACCUUGUCGCAGCUCCAAAAACAUCCAAACCAAGCGUCUCAGUCUCAAGCAAGUCAAUUGCCCAAGCCCGCCGGCAGUCGAGGUCCUGACGAAGUUGCACAGGAGACUUCAGUGCUUCGAAAGUCUUUGCACGUACUUUGCAAACAGUUGCGUGAACAAGCGCAGAAGGGAGAUCAGACAACAGACUCCCAAGAGACUGCGUUGCUUCAAGGAGUUGCAGACAUUGGGGGGCAGGUCCUCUUGGCAAUGGCAUCGCUAGGGGAUGUUAAUCGCAAGCUGCAGCUUGCGGAGAUGCAAACUUACCAACCGGGUCGGGCUUAUGCAUCCAGCAACAACUCAACUCACGCAGGUGAUGUGAGUUCGACUGUCGCAGAUGAUGCGAAAGUUCUGCGUGAGCAGGCAGUGCAAGCCGCGGACAUGUUGAGGCUGCGAGAGGCAGCCUCGGAGCAAGCACUGCUACAAGAAGAGGCAGUUUCUUUGCGCAGCGAGCUCCAUCUAAUGGAAAGCUACGAUGCGGCACGUGCAAAGGCACGCGUGGAAUACGAAGAGCAGAUUGGGAGGGAUGCGAACCACUGCCUCGAAGAAAUAGAUCAAGCAAAUGGAUCUGGUGUUCAUUUCCAGCAAACCGAAGUAUCUGCGCAGGUUGCGGGACCGCUUCUGGUGUUGGUCCUGCAGAACCUGGCAAGAGCACAGCGCUGGGCUCGGUCCAGUGAGUUGACAGCGAUGACUUGGAAGGCCUUGGUGGAGAACCUCACCAAUCAUGCCAUGCACCUUGAGGAGCUUGUGGCAUCAGAUGCCCUCCAAUCCCUCGCCUCAGCUUUUACCUCACCUUUCAUCGGGGAACUCUCACCAGAAGGCAUCGCAGACAAGUGCAUCAGUUCUUUAGAAGCGCACUUGGCAAACAUAUCCAGCCAGUGGCACCACGCCGUGUCUGUGUGCUGCAAGAUGGAGAUGGAUCUUCGGUCUUUGGAAGCCCAGAUGCGGACCAAACCGGAAAUUGCAGCCAAAGAAGCUGCAGCAGAAAUGCUCCAGCAAGAAAGCGUUUGGAACCAAGAUCUGCUACAAAGAUGCAUCAGUUGGCUCACACACGCAACGGAGGUGGCAGACUGGAAUGCGAUGGCUGCAGUGCGAGAACUCGGUCUGGAACAUGCUGUGCGUGACCUGGUGUCCAUGAGCCAGGCCUUGCGAGAACAUAUUUGGAGUCUGGAGGCGGAGCAUGAGAACCUUAGCUCGGCAGCUAGUUGUCAGAGUCACUCGGCAGAUUCCAUUCCGAGGGGAAUGAGGGACGGUUCUGGACUACAGCAGCACAUUGACUCGCUGAAGUCUGACUUGGGAUCGGCCCGUGGCGAACUUUGUGCCGUGAAGGAACAGGUCGACGUAAUCAAGCACAAGCUGCACCACGCCCUUCACGAUGCAGAAAGCGGCAGUCGCAACCACGAAUCUCCACAAAGCUCCAGCGGGAAUCAGAGCAUUGCCUUAGCGCAAAUCUGCCCAGUGUUGGCUUCAAUCGCACGGCAGAUGCAGCACAUGUGCCAGGAGACGGACAUCCGAAAGAGAUCAGAUGCAUGUCACAUGGUUCUGGAAGAGUUGGAACGAACACGAUCAUGGUGCAGGCAGGUGCAACAAGAGUUAAAGCAACAAGGUGCUAUCGCGGCGAAGCUGCUUGUCGCUGCACCUGGAGAUAUAUCUGUAGACCGUUCUCACAAAUAUGCCUACGUGUCGGAACCAGAGCCGUCCGACAUUGAACCAUCUAUCUCGAGCCGAAUGUCGGGGGCGAUUCUUCAUCGGGUUGAAGCCAUCCUGAACAUGCAGCAAGACCUUCAAACCGGCUACAGGACGGUCACGCGUGAACUCCAUGAGCUCCAGAACAAGAGGCAGAAGCAGGAGAAUGCCAUCGGACGGCUACAUGGCCAACUGCAGCGGCGUGGUCAGGCCCUGAAGCAGCUCGAGGGCUUGGUUGAAGCAGGAAGCAAGAAGGUGAAAACAGCGAAGGAGAAAGCGGUUCUCAACGCUCAGAUGGAAUUGCAGCAAAGCUACCAAUCAGAGCUGGCAGAGCUGGAGCUGAUUCACCAGCAGCACAGAGCCGCUUCAGCAGCCUGGGAAGGCAAAACCGAGGAGGAAGCAGCCGUUGUUGUGAAGAUGACUGCCGAAGCCAGCGCCGCUUCAGAUGCAGAGGCUGCUGCCGCCAGCGAGGCCCAAGCCGCCUUGUCUACAGCAGAGGCAACCCAUGCUGAAAGUCGGGCAAUCAGUGAUGCCCACCUGACGGCACGACGUUUGCAGUCCCUUUCCCAAGCGCUCCAGGGACAGACAAUCACUCGAUCUGGGCUGAAGAGUCUGUCUGAGAAACUUGCGACGACGUCAGAAGAUCUCUCUCAGCAAGUUGAUGCUUGCACGGAAGCUCGGCAACGGCUCGGCAAGAUCGAAGAAGAACAAAUCGAAGCCGUGGAAUUGGCCAAAAGCUCUGAGGCCACAAACCUCGAACUCCAGGAGCAAGUGAGAUUGCUAAUGCUGGCCUCAAGUGCAGCUUGUGAGUUGAGAAAUGCAGAAGCAAGCUUGGGCCAGGGAGAGGAAGAGUUGGAAAGGAUCGCUGGGCAGCUGAACGUCAAAGCUGCAAGCUGCAAAGAACUCUUUGAGCAAAGGCGUCUUGCCGAAAGCCAAGCAGAAACGGAGGAGUUCUUGUUGAGCCAGCUUCAGUCAGCAAGUCAAGGGCUAGAGUCGCGAUUGCAAAGGGCGGAAGCCAGGCAACAAACCCAGGAGAGACGCUGCAGACAGGAAAGGACAGAGUGGAAGCAGCAGCUCCGACAACACCAUUUGCAUGGCAUUAAGACGCAGAAGAGCAUCGGAAACUUUGCCAGGGAGCCGCUUGCUAUCGUCUAUGAAGCGGUCCCGGAACACACCGCACACGAAGUCGGGCAGGAGGAGCAUGCGCUAGAAGAGCAAGCAAAGGAGUUGCAGAUUCAGCUGGAAGCAACUAAGCGUCGACACCAGAUGUUGGUAAAGGAAAAUGACACGGAAAGAUACCUGGCAAAGCGUGGCGAGGAAGUCCUCGCCAAAGAGAUUGCAUCUGCAAGAGGUCGAGUGACCGCAAUGUCGUAUGAGCUAGACCGCCUGCUUCAAGUCACCGCUGGUCCAGAUGCUUCCAACGAACGCAUUUGCGCGAGCUUUUCAGGUCAGGCUAAUCGUGCGAGCGACACUGCCAAAGAGGCUUUUCGAGCUUUCAGAAGUCGUUCCAAGAAGCUGCAAGGCUCAUUGGCACAGGAACAGGAGCAAGGUCGGCAACUGCGAGAUCGAGUUUCCCAGCUCAAGCAUGUCAAUGUUCAGCUGCGCGAGCGCAUCCGGGAUGCCGAGCAGAGAUUACAUGUGAGUCGUGAUGACGUGGAGCGCAAGCGGGUGCUUGCUGCAACCUUGCAAAAGCGACGCCAGGAGUCUGCCGAGCAGACAGCACUCACAACGCAGCAAGAAGAGGAAAGCAGCAGAUCACUCCAGCAACUUCGGAGUGACGCCGCGAGAAAAGAUGCUGCCAUCAAGAAUUUGCAGAACGAGAUAGCAUCAGCUCAGCGAGAAACAAGUGAAGCCAACUGCAAGGAUAGAGGUCAGCAAGAAGAAGUCCGAUCCAAAAUGCAGGUCGAGUUGCAUCGAAAGGAGCAGCUGCUGCACCAUGCACGUGCAAAGGCGCAGCUUCUCAAGACCCGCUUGGAUGCAGAGGUCCGGCGAGAUCUUCGUGCUCGGCGUGUCGCUAGGAGCGCGUCGAGCAGCCGUCUAGAACGAAGCCCAAAGACAGGAAGUGAUGAUUUGGCAGAGUCUCCUUUACCGCCCUCGCGUGCUGAACGUGCAACGGAAUCUGUGUGCAUAUUGCCCGAUGGUCCGGAAUCUCUGAGAAGCUCGGGUUUCUCAGCAGUUGAGGAGCUGUCUGGCAUCAUAUUUCAGGCGGCAAACUCCGUCGACUCUUCCUGGGAGCUCUCGACCGCGGUCCAAGAAUCUUUGCAGAUACUGAAUCUCCAGCAGGAGGAUCUGGCAGAGUUCCUGUCACCAACGGAGGUCCGACUGAGGGCCAAGGAAGCACGCAAAAGAACUAGGAGGAACCAGAAGCGCAGAGAAGAGAAGCAGGCCGCCAAAGCAAAGGACAGCGAGCUCGGCAAAGUUCCUCGUGCCGCUGUCCGCAGCGAGGCUUCAGUCCCUCGAAAGCGUGGGCGACCGAAGAAAGCCACAGCGGAAGAGCCGCAAGUGGACUCAGGGCCUGCGCCGGUGACUCCUCCCGAAGUUCGAGACCCAGCAUCACUGGCCGCCGAUGUGCCAGCUAAACGAAAGCUUGUCGCCCAACCUCCAGCGGCUAGACUGGUGGUACCCGGAGGUACCGAAGUAGACGGCAGGCCCGAUGAGGCGGACUUUGCAGCUCCGGAACGACCACAACUGGGCGAGCUUCCCGCGACGCCACUGGAGAGUUUGCCCGCGCUAUCUGAACCCGUGGAGUCAAGCAGGAUUGCCGACGGGAGUUUGCCAGAUUUUAGCAGUGCAGGGCCACCACCACCCAAAUGUGUCACUGCAUUUGCAGCACUGUUCAGGCACAUCGUUCAAGAACUUCCGGCACAAAGCUCCGCCCGUCGGGGCGCGAUUGGACAGGUUGCUAAGAGACUGGCAGUCCAACUCACGCCAUCAGACCUCAACGUCUUUCUCCGGGAGGUUCAGCUUGGACUUUUGGACAAGGGAGGGAUUUCGAGAAGCAAAAGCACGGUGCUUUCAGCGCGUUCUUGGAAGAAGCACCAAGAAAAAGCAGAAGGCCGCCUGCAGGCUGUUCUUCGCCAGGAAGACAACGAGAAGCUGAGCCCCGUCCAGGUGUUGUGGACUUCCAUGAGCUCACACAGUCCACCGACGACGAAAAACGGCUUGCAACAAGAGAAUUUCAGGCGCUGUCUGAAAGAAGUCGUUCAAGUUGCGGCGACAGCGAGGGAUUGGGAGGUUGCCUGGCAGUGCAUGGACUUGGCUUCGCUGCCAGACGAGGAGCAGAACGACGCCACCUUACUUCUUGCCAUCACCUUGCUGACAGCUGCUAUGCAGAAUGGUGAGGGCCAGCAGACUCAGGCCCUUGCAGACUUUGUGAGGAGCCACAAAAUCAAGCUCCGCACCCUGGAAUCUGCUGUUCUUGAGGUGGUCGGAAGGAUUCCAGUACACAUUCCAUUGCCUCCGCGUUUCCCACAGGUCCUCGCCAGCUUGCUAGCCUAUCUGUAUCCUGCGCAAAUGCGGACAACAGGCUAUGGUUGGCUUCGUCCGGGUUGGAAGUUCAAUGACUGGAUGAUCUUUGUGGAAAAAGUCUUGGGCGGCUUGAAGGAGAUGGAAGCUCUGGCACUUCUCGAUGAGACAUCGGCACUGGUGAAGGCUUCGGAUUCCUUGACCAACGCAGAGCUCGAGGACUUCCUGGAGAAAGCCAAGCUCGAGUGUGCGUCCCUGCCCACAAAGCAGACUGUCAGUGCGGAAGCACCACCCUGA